AUGACCGCUGUUGUCAGGAUAAAAAGGCCUUUGAAUGAAGAUCCUCUAGAUGCUUUGAUAUUGAACUGCAAACGAAGGAAGCUAGAAAGUAAAAGUGAAAGCAUUGAAGAUGGUCUACAGCUCUCAUCCACAGUUCUCAAAUUUGCUGGAACCUUACAAAAAGAAGAUGACAUUCUGCCUCAUUUGAAAACAAAGUACUUAGAUGGAGUAGAGGAAUUGAAAACAAAAUUCAAGAAACAUGUAGUGAGCCUGAAUGAAAAACUGAGAAAUGAACAUCAAGAUAACUCUAAAAGCAAUCGUUUUAAGAUAGUGAAUCGUUUCCGGUCCUCUAUCAAUUUAUCUGAGACUCCUGAUACAAGUGAAUCUAAGUAUGAAAUAACAGUCCUUGAUGUGGAGACUGACAUCAACAAGAAUGAGGCUAGUGAAGCAGAUCAGAAUGUCCAACAAAGCAAAUAUGUUUAUGAUUUAUAUUACACUUGCUCAGAUGACUUUCCAGAAAUUGAGGAUUACCAUAGUGUCCAACACCUGAUGGAAUUUUUACCAGCUGGUUCAAGUGUGGACACGGGUGUUCUUGAUUCUGAUCAGGAUAGUGAAGAUUCCAAUGCAGAAUGCAAUUGGAAGAAUGAUUACCCUGAUGAAUCAGAUAUGGAGUCUGUUGAUGAGAAGGAUAUGGUAGAAGCAAUGGAAAAUAUGGGAAUGGAGAAUGAUCUACUUUCUAGUGAUGAUGGUGAUGAUUUUGUUUACUGUCAUGAUGACUCAGAAAAUGACUGUUCUGGAUCAGAAACUGAGCCUGAUGUUCAUUUAUAUGGUGAAAGGUAUGCUAGGUUUAAGGCCAAACAUUUGAAAGGGGAUGGGAAGCCUAUGGUGAAUAAUGGACUUUACUUCGGAGAUAUUGAGGAUGAUGAGCAUAGUGAAUAG